AUGUGUUUCUGUUCAGAUCUUUUGGAUUUUGUGGAUGAGGGCAGAGAGAGUUUACAGGACAUUCCAGAUGAAGAAAGAGAACCACUGGGCAGCCCUGAGUUUCCUCAGCUCCACCCUGCAGCAGAGCUCAGCACACCAGAGCAGAGGUCACAGCAGCAUGAGGCUAGUCUGGCUGAAGAAGAUGUGCCAGAGCUUGCAGAAGAUGAUGAUGCUCAAGAAGAACCGAACCAAUCAGAGGAGGAGGAGCUGAUGGACUCUGAGCCAGCCAAUCACAGCCCUGAAUUUCCACAGGAAGAGGAAGAGGAGGAGGAAGACGACGACGAUGAUGAUGCUCUUAGUGCAGAAUUGUCCAUGAAAACUCCUGCGUUUGUAAGACAGAAAAGAGUUUUCGCAAGUCGUACUGCGCAGACUACGCCAACUGUCCUUAAAGAAGUGAACUCUGGUCCUGCCCCUCAGGUUGCCAAACGAGCCCCAGACAGAAGCGUCAGACGGGGGUCGAUGUUCUUCCCAAGAGUUACGUCAUGAGCGUGUUCAAGCACUUCGCCAAGACCAAGGUGGCCAGUGACGUCUACCCUGCCAUUAAUGAAAUUCUUAAGAAGUACUUUGAACGGCUAGCAGACGAUCUGGAAGCAUAUGCUGCUCAUGCCAAGCGUAAAACUAUUGAGGUUGAAGAUUUUGAGCUCCUCAUGAGAAGGCAGGGCUUUGUGACAGACACCACGCCUGUGAAUAUACUGAUCGAGAAAUAUCUUCCAAUGGAGUAUCGGAAACUUCUCAUCCCGGUGGCAACCAGCGGAAACAAAGUCAUCCCAAAACAAAGAAGGUGAACAUGCAGAUGUGACGUCCUCUUUAAACACUGCAGGUGGCUCCGCGUAGCUGCAUGUGUUCUUGUAAAUAUGUUCAUGUGUUCAGAACAAUAAAUGCCUUGGUUUGUAAAUAAUGAUUUGUGUAAUAUAUAUUUGCUAUUUGUUUUAUGCAGCACUAUUAAGAAAAUUUGCUUUCAGUUCUUUGUAUUUUUAGCCAUUUAUGUAUUUUUUUCUAAAACAAACAUUAAAAACCACAAAAAAUUUUAAUUGAAG